AUGGCGACGGAGAACGCCCAGGCAAAUUCAAGUGGUGUCCCACAGGAAAAAGAUUUCUCGCAUAAUAGCAAUCAUUACGGCGACGGGAGCAAUUCAUAUGAAAUUCAUAACAUGUCAAUUGGUUCGGAAGAUGCGUUGCAGAGGAUCAAGACCACUGGUAGUAUCAGUAUCAGUCCGGAAUUGUUUGAGAAAAUAUAUCUCUCUCCGCAAAACGCCGUGAAAGGUGAUUUGAGAAAGACGUUUGGAAAUCCUACUCCGGUAGCAAUAGUUGGCUUUCUCAUUACUUUAUCACCAUUAUCGUGUGAUCUUAUGGGUUGGCGCGGAGCGGGUAACAACGGUGCGGCUGGAAUUGGUUCCUAUUUCUUCUUCGGUGGACUCCUCAUGAUCGUCGGUGGUUUUCUCGAAUUUGUUUUAGGCAACACUUUUCCCUUUGUGGUAUUUAUCUCUUUCGGUGCUUUCUGGCUUACGUUCGCCUCCACACUUCAACCAUUUUACUACGCAUAUGGGCUUUACGCUCCGUCUGGCGCAAACAGAUUGCAGGUUGCGGCUGGUGCGACGCUUUUCGUAACAUCGCUAGCGGGCUGGUGGAUCUUUUUUGCUAUUAUGUUGGCGGCCCUAGACUUUCCGUUCCAAAUCCCAGUGGGCGAUCUGAGCACUUUGAUCAGAGGAGCCAGUGAGCGAGAAAAGUCAAAGGAACAAAUGGCGUAG